AUGGACGCGAUGUGCUCGAUGAAGCACAAGUUCAUCGAGUACAAGUGGCUCUGGCCGGUUGGCGUGCCAGAGCUCCGCAAGGUUAUGGACGCGGAAUGGAGCGUCCUUCGGAUGCCGGACGGCGAGGACAAGUACGUCGACCUUGUCGUCCGCCCGCCGCUGGGAGCACCUGGGUGCCUGGUCCGUUGGGCCUUGGAUGGGACUUUGGUGGGCGGGGCCGACAAACAGAACGCAAUGGAGGCCGAUGUUGAGGACGAGAAGGACGAGGACAUUGCCUUGGACGAGGACGUGGAGUUGGACCGUGAGCUGGGCUGGUGGGAGCCGGGCUGGUGGGAGCGCAACUGGGAGAUGACUGCAACUGAGCCAGGGAAGAAGGGCUCGAAGCUCGUCAGCCAAGUCCCCGCCGCUGAGUUCGUCCUCGAGACGCUCGGAAAUGCACGCACGCUCUUCAAACCCUGUUGCCUCGCGGUUCAGUUUGCGUGGCUCAACGAACACAUCAAUCAGCGCCUCUGCCGCGACGAUUUCAACACCUUCAUUGCCGGCCGUAAUUCCCUCGACCAGUUCUGCGUCAACUUCGUGAACGAGCGGUUGCUGAACUUCAUCCAAAGCAAACUGUUCGAGAACCGUGUCGUUGAGUACAAUAAACAGGCCCGGCGGCCUCAUCCAUAUCAUGGACGACCAGGCCCGCCGCAUGCCGAAGAAGAGCAGGCAUACGAUGGUCGAGGCGUUCACGAAGCGGUGGGGCAACCAGUCAUCGUUCAAGACGGGCUCCAUCGACCGGGCUGCCCGACGUUCGCGGUCAACCACUUCACUGGCCCCGUCGCUUAUUCGUCGGAGAACUCCCUCGAGCACAAUCUUGAGGCACUGAACCCUGACUUCGUCUCGCUCCUCAGAAGUACGAGCGCGGGCGAGGGACCCCCGGCGGACGGUUCGGGUUCAUCGAACCCCUUCGUCCGCAGCCUGUACUCCGGCAAGGCGAUCGGGGCGCAGGCGCACCCGCGCAAUGAGGACACCAUCUUGUCCGCGCAGCAGCCAGUGAAGCCCAAGCGCGCGCCGUCCGUCCGCGGGAAGGGCACCGUCAAACGCAUGCCAACCGAGCCGCUAGGUACGGCGGUACAAGCCAGCGGGCCACCGUGUGUGGCGGGCGAGUUCCGGUCCGCGUUGGAUACGCUGUUCGAGACGCUGGAGGAGAUGCGGUCAUGGUACGUGUUCUGCGUCAACCCCAACGACUCUCAGCUCCCAAACCAGCUCGAGGCCCGCUCGGUCAAGGGCCAGUCUCCGUAUGAGGGCGGUUACAACGAUCCGUUCGGUCAGUCUAACCAGCAGCUGCCGCUAGUGCAGAACACCUCUCCGAGUCCGUUCCAGCGCGGGGACAUGUACGAUGACUUUGACGAGAGGAAGUCCCUGCGCUGCCUGCUAGCAUGGGUCGGUCGGAGGAAGCGUCCUGACAUCCAACAAGCGCGGCGAGAGAAGCUGGCGCUCAACAUGCUCAUCUGGUUCGUCUGCGGUUGUGUCGUUUUCGUCAUCAUCAUCUUCGACGCAUUCGUUGAAGAGCAGCCCGAACUUCGCGGCGACGUCUUUAAUCUCACAGAAGCUGCCGUGAUGCAUCUGACUGUCGUGCCCGUCGUAGCAGAGAAGUCGGACCUCAACUAUGGUGUGGCCCCGGAUGAUCUCUCAACGUUGCUGACGCUGUCGGUUUAG